CCCAGCGGCGGGGCUGCCGCUCCUGCCGUCCAGCGGCCGGCGCUCGAGCGGGCCCGGGAGGGUGGUGCCUCUUCGCGCUGUCGGGAGACGGGGGCGGAGAAUCCCAGCCGCCGCUGCUGAUGCUGGGCUUGGAGGCUGCAUCCGACUGGGUCGCGAGGAAAAUGGAUUCAGCUCGCAUCUCUCCCUCCGCGCAGCAGCUUCCCCGGGUCUCAGCACGGGCUUCCAGGGCAGCGGCCGAGGAGGGCUUCCCCAGGAGCGCCACGCAGUAGCUGCUGAAACACCGCACGCGGGGGUGAGAAGCAGUAACAUGGCAGCUCCCAUCUGAAAGGAAUUAAAAACCAGCAGACUCCACUCAGCGAGGAACAAUGUCCAAGAAAGGGCGCAGUAAGGGCGAGAAGCCCGAGGCGCUCACGGUUGCCCUGCAGGCUGCCAAUGAAGACCUCAGGACCAAGCUCACCGACACCCAGAUCGAGCUGCACCAGGAGAAGGCCAAGGUGACCAAGCUCGAGAGGGAGAAGGCCCAGGAGGCGAAGAGGAUCCGCGAGCUGGAGCAGCGCAAGCACACGGUGCUGGUGAGCGAGCUCAGGGCCAAGCUCCACGAGGAGAAGAUGAAGGAGCUGCAGGCCGUGCGGGAGGCGCUGCUCAAGCAGCACGAGCAGGAGAUGCACAGGACCGGGAAGGUGCGGGACGCCGAGGUCCAGAGGCUCCGGGCGGCGCUGUGCGCGCUCCGCGACGGCGGCGGCGACAAGGCGAGGAGCGCGCCCACCGCCGAGGCCCGGGAGGAGGCCCGCAGACUCUUCGACGCCGAGCGCCUCAAGCUCCUGCAGGAGAUCGCGGACCUGAAGGCGUCCAAGAAGCAGGUGGACGAGGCCCUGAGCAACAUGAUCCAGGCGGACAAAAUCAAGGCCGGGGACCUUCGCAGCGAGCACCAGUCCCACCAGGAGGCCAUCUCCAAGAUCAAGUGGGAGUCGGAGCGGGACAUUCGGAGGCUGAUGGAUGAAAUCAAAGCCAAGGACAGGAUCAUCUUUUCCCUGGAAAAGGAGCUAGAGACCCAAACAGGCUAUGUACAGAAACUCCAGCUGCAGAAGGAGGCCUUGGACGAGCAGCUCUUCCUGGUCAAGGAGGCCGAGUGCAACAUGAGCAGCCCGAAGCGAGAGAUCCCAGGGCGGGCGGGCGACGGCUCCGAGCACUGCAGCAGUCCUGAUUUGCGAAGAAAUCAAAAGAGAAUAGCUGAAUUGAAUGCCACUAUAAGAAAAUUAGAAGACAGGAACACCUUGCUUGGAGAUGAAAGAAAUGAAUUGUUAAAACGUGUGCGGGAAACCGAAAAACAAUGUAAACCUCUUCUGGAACGGAACAAGUGCCUCGCCAAGAGAAACGAUGAGCUGAUGGUGUCCCUGCAGCGCAUGGAAGAGAAGCUAAAAGCCGUUACCAAGGAGAAUUCAGAAAUGAGAGAAAAAAUAACAUCCCAUCCACCGCUGAAGAAACUAAAAUCUCUGAAUGACCUCGAUCAAGCUAAUGAAGAACAAGAGACAGAAUUUCUAAAACUUCAGGUCAUUGAGCAACAGAACAUUAUUGAUGAGCUCACAAGGGACCGAGAAAAGCUCAUCCGCAGGAGGAGGCACAGGAGAAGUUCCAAGCCCAUCAAGAGGCCUGUUUUGGACCCAUUCAUUGGGUAUGAUGAGGACUCCAUGGAUUCAGAGACAUCAUCCAUGGCUUCAUUUAGAACAGACCGAACACCAGCUACUCCUGACGAUGACUUAGAUGAAAGUUUAGCAGCUGAGGAAUCUGAGCUACGAUUUCGACAAUUAACAAAAGAAUACCAGGCCCUCCAAAGAGCAUAUGCUCUCCUGCAGGAACAGACCGGAGGCAUCAUCGAUGCUGAAAGAGAAGCCAAGGCCCAAGAACAGCUCCAAGCAGAGGUGCUAAGGUACAAAGCCAAAAUUGAAGAUCUGGAGGCGACCCUGGCUCAGAAAGGGCAGGAUUCACACUGGGUAGAAGAUAAACAACUUUUCAUUAAGAGAAACCAGGAGCUUUUAGAAAAGAUAGAAAAACAGGAUGCAGAAAAUCACCGGUUACAACAGGAACUACAGGAUGCCAGAGACCAGAAUGAGCUGCUGGAGUUUCGAAACCUAGAGCUAGAAGAAAGAGAGAGGCGAUCCCCUCCAUUUAAUCUACAAAUUCACCCAUUCUCGGACGGUGUGAGCGCCCUGCAGAUCUACUGUAUGAAAGAAGGUGUCAAGGAUGUGAACAUCCCUGAUCUCAUAAAGCAGCUUGAUAUCUUGGGUGAUAAUGGGAAUUUAAGAAAUGAAGAACAAGUGGCCAUAAUUCAGGCCAGCACUGUGCUGUCCUUGGCAGAGAAGUGGAUCCAGCAGAUCGAAGGAGCAGAGGCUGCCCUGCACCAGAAAAUGAUGGAAUUGGAAAGUGACAUGGAACAGUUCUGCAAAAUAAAAGGCUAUCUGGAGGAAGAACUAGACUACAGAAAACAAGCUCUCGACCAAGCAUACAUGAGAAUCCAGGAACUAGAGGCUACUUUGUACAAUGCUCUGCAGCAAGAAACUGUCAUCAAGUUUGGGGAAUUAUUAAGCGAAAAACAGCAAGAGGAGUUAAGGGCAGCGGUGGAAAAGCUGCGGCGGCAGAUGCUGCGGAAGAGCAGAGAGUAUGACUGUCAGAUUCUCCAGGAGAGAAUGGAGCUUUUGCAGCAAGCCCACCAGAGAAUUCGUGACUUGGAAGAUAAAACAGACAUCCAGAAAAGACAGAUAAAGGACUUAGAAGAAAAGAGCAACCGAAAACACAGAGAAGACCCCAGAAAGGCAAAUGGUUCUAAACCUUCAGAGAUGGCAGAGAUGUUUACAGCAGAGAGACGAAGGGCAAAGGCUAAGAACUACACUGUAGCCGGGACUACAAGUGUGUAUUUUAAAGCCAUUAUUCAAGGUUUCUUACUUGACAGUUCCUACACAACCCUGUUGAAAAUCUACAAUAUAUGCUGCAUUUAAGGAAAUGUGUAUAUGUCAAACCAGAAGAAAAGAACCAUAAACAUGUAUUGUGUAAAGGAAAAAUUCAGCAAUGGAAACAGUUUCAGCAAAUCAAGCAAAGAUGUGUCUUGGGCAUGGAACCAAAGUUACAAAGAAACAUUCUACCCCUGCUGUGCAGGGGGGGUCAUUUUAAUGUAACGCCACACCCCAUGGAAACACUAGUCCUGAAAUAAACAUCAUUUUAAAAAAUCAAAGCAAAACAAACAAAAAAAAAUCAAAACAAGGGUGGGUGGGGAAUGAAGCACGAGGAAUACCUAUGAGGAGCUAUUUACAAUAAAAUAUUUCAUUUGAAAAGUCUGGUUUCUUACUACAGGGAUUUGCUUCUCUGUCUUUAAUAUUGUUUAAAACUCAGGAACAGAGACACCCUCCGUGUGUCUGGGAAGAGCGGCAGGUCCCGUCUGGCUGGUUUUCUGCAGAAGGCAGAGCUUGUGGAGAGCAUCCCAUGGAUGACAGACGAGAUGCGGAUCACAGUGACUCCGACUACCGGGUAUCCAAGGCAAAGGACCCAGGCGGAUGUAACAUAAGAAGUCGAAGCAGGUUUGACGCUUCCUCGGCCUUCUGUCGCCUCUGUGUUCCUCCACGAACAGCAGACGGAUCUCAUUCAUAUUGAAAAUCAAGAAGAUGAUGCUCUCGAUCGCAAGCUCCCUGACGUGGCUCUGCUUCGAAUGCCAGUGUCGAUAGGGAACGUGGGCCAGAGAGCAUCUCUGAAUCUUUCCAUUUUCAAAAAUACUGGUUUUCAAAUGGCUGCUUAAAAUUGCCUGCAAAUAAAUAUAUGAUUUGAGUAAAAACACAGUAGAGGCGAUAAGUAUCAUUACCAACAGUUGAAUUUGCUACAGAGCUGUGGAUAUUAAAUGAAUUUAGGUUUAUUUUUUAAAGUAUCCUGAUAUGCCUAGAACAUUCUGACCUCUUGUCAUUUAGACUGAUAAUAUUUUUUUUUCUCAGAGAGCUGAGAGCCACAAGGUAGCUCUACUUUUUUAUAGAGAAGUAACGGUAUGUUACUGAUAAGGUCAUUUUCUAACAGAGACAAUUAGAAGACAGCUACUUUUCCUAAGUUACGUAAUACUGAGUCUGGGACUCCGCUCUGAGAGCAAAUAAAUGUUCCUGAAAAGCUAAUUUCACACCUCAUUUACCGUCAAUAACAGAACAGCCUCAACUUUUCCAAUGGUUAAGGUUUUAUUUACAGAGCUAGAAUUCCCAUGUGUACAGACUGUGUGUAGGGGCCCUGAAGCUCUAUGAAAUGCUACACAAAUCCUUCCAUACGUGACUUCAGCAUCUUAGUCUUCAGGUGUCGCACUGGCAUUGACCAAGCCAGCACAGUAACUGGAGAGAAUGUACAAGAAAAGCUAAGGGCUGGGGUCCCGUGUUUUGUUCUAUUUACUGCUGACCCAGGUAUCUUUGGCCCAGUCACUGAACCUCUCUGUGCCUCAGUUUCCUCAUGUGCAAAAUGAGGUUAAAAUGCUUUUGCAUAAAAGGUUGGGUUUAUUUGUUGUUUUGGUCGUUUGUUUUUGUUUCUGUUUUCUGCAAUUCUGGAACAUGAGGUGCUUAACAUAGCAUGAAGUGCUUUGUAUUCAUUAUAACUGCUGUAUUAUUUGAGACUUCCUGGUUGGGAAAAAGUCCCCUAAGUCAUAAAAUAGUGCUACUGUUUGGUUCAAUCUAAGCACUACAGCACUGAGGCUUUCCCAUCAAACUACCUGGGACGUGACUAGCAAUAAGGAUUGGGAGGUCCAGGCCAGAAUCUCUAAUAACCUCUAGGGAAUAGAUCAUCCCAUGUAUUGAAUAAGAAAAAUGUGUCACUUCGAUUAAGCAUCUCCUAGCUCUCCGUAUCGCCUAUGCAUGCCAAACUACAGACUCCAACCAGGAAAUGAAAUUAAGGCUUGGUAUGAACUGAUAGUAUCACAUAAUUAGUCCGAUUGUCCCAUUCAUUUUGGGAGAAGGUUUGGGUGGUCAGUUCUACUGGGAAUAUACAGAAUAACUACCCUACUGCUGAAUUCUUUGUUGCCCUGGCAAAGUUCCAUAGUAAGUAUGCGUAGUAUGUUCAUCGUGCAGGCAACCCAUGAAAUAGGGUACCAGGACCAUCUAGGAGGAAACCCCUUCAAACCUCACUCAGAACACAGAGAAGAGGAAAAGGGGUGCCGGGGAGACAUCUCCCACAUCUCCAACUUUCUCUGCCAUUGUUCAUGGGCCAUUCCAGGGUCCAGCUGAGCAAAAUCGCAUACCAUUCAUCUCACCAAACCUACUUUUCUUCUCUUCAUCUUGCUUUCUCCACCAAGAAACUUGUAAGUUAAAUUUUAUAUCCAAGCACUAUGGCUUAAAUGAUUAAAAACAGUUGUUAAAAUAGUGUAGUUUAAUCACAUGCCUUAUCUGCUGUAAAUGUGGUUGUAUCAUAGGGGAGCCAUGACGGCUGGGAUGACCAUGUAUUUAAGCAGCUUUAGGUAUGUUUGAGGCAAAUACGAAAGGAGAGAGUCUCUUCACUCAAGAUCUAAGAGAUUAGCAAAUUUCCCUAGAUUUUAGGCUAAAAGGUGAUAUUUUGACCAAAUCUUACUCAUAAUCCUCAAUAUUAACAUAUCAUUAAAUAAGACUAAAUAUUUUGACAGGUCAUCUCUCUAUUACCCAUUUCCACAAAUAUAAAAACAUUGGCAAAAUUGUAAAUGUUGUCUCAGUGACUCAUGGACCUAGGGAAUGGCUCAUAUGUAACUGAAUGCUUUCCUUCGCAUAGGAUGUUCAGCAAUAGUCAAAAAGAGCAUCUCAGUCAUACGGAGAGGUUUACUGGGGCUUUGUUUCUUACAGGGAGUAGAUAACCCCGACUCUGAUCUUUAAUUUCUGCAUCUUAACUAUCCUAAUACAUCUGGCCAAUGAGUCAAUAGCAAUCAGAACAGCAUUCUUCAACACAACAGAAUUCUUCAAGAUUCACUUAAUUUUUUGUAACAAAGGAUUCAUCUCUGGGGAAAUACAACUGACAAUACUAAAAAAUAGUUUGAGAUAAAAUGGGAGCCACAACUUAGCAAAGUUAUUUUGGACAGGAAAAUUUUCAUGAGAAAGGAAAAAGAAACAGGUUACCUUGGACUAUAAGACUAGAAAGUACUUAUUAAAACUAACUUUUUUAUAUAAUGCCACCCAAGUUUUAUUUCAGGAAACAUUAGAACUUGCUAAAAAUAAGUACCAGAUCCCUUUUAACCCAUGUGAUAUAAAUAUUGCCAAUAGUGAGGUUUUAGGGGUGGAAGAAUAAAUUUUGCUUUGGUUUUUUCUUCCAUUCACAAAAACACAGAAUGGCAUUGUUCUUCAGUAGGACAGAGAGGGUGCAGAGAUCUCACGGAGUAGACAGGGGAUGUUUGCUCUCAAUUAGUAAUAGAAGAAAUAAAGUUUUGCCAAAUCAUUGUUACUAUGGUAUUUUAUUUCAACUUUAUUUGAUCAGUUUAAGAUAAAUCUCUGGCAAACUUGUUCCUUUUGCCUAUUUAUUGUCACCUUUUUCUGUAGACCCACUGUGUCAUUUGUACAAUUUCCUUGAUGUAAUUUUUACGUUCACUGUUUUAAAGUGAAGCAUGCUUUUUAACCUGCCUACAUUUUCAUGGAAACUGUAAAAAUAAUAGUCAUCAGUUUUGUACUGAUGUUUCAAUAACUGGAUCAUGUGUAUUAUGUCAACAUCAAAAUAGAUGGACAGCAUAGACAUUUUAUCUUUUAAAUAUUUAAUUGCAUUUUUUGACCUGUC